CGGCGGAGGGUCGCACUUCCGCCUCGGUGAGUGUCAACGGGUCUCGCCGGGGGCUUGCGGCGGGAGAGCGUGUGCACGCCCGAACCGCAGGACGGGGACGCGCCGGGCGACAGGUCAUCUGGAACUAUUUUGCUUUAAUGAAAAGCUUGAUCACAUCAAAAACAACUAUGCAUUAAUGAGAUACUGGAGAGGGAAAAAAAACCAACUAAAAGAAUGAAUAGUGAAGAGGAAUUCUAUGAUGCUGUCACAGGCUUUGAUUCUGAUAAUUCUUCAGGAGAGUUUUCAGAAGCAGUCCAUAAAGUUGAUGUGGAUGACCACAAGAGUAAUAGGACUGGAAAGCACAAUGGCGAUGGGCCAGUACAAGAGAAUGGAAUCAAGAAACACAGAACAUCAUUACCUGCCCCUAUGUUUAGUAGGAGUGAUUUCAGUGUCUGGAGUAUCUUAAAAAAAUGCAUUGGAUUGGAGCUGUCCAAAAUUACCAUGCCCAUUGCCUUCAACGAACCCCUGAGCUUCCUGCAACGAAUAACAGAAUAUAUGGAGCACACGUACCUCAUUAAUAAAGCAAACUGUCAUUCUAACCCUCUGGAGAGAAUGCAGGCUGUUUCUGCUUUUGCUGUUUCUGCUGUAGCCUCUCAGUGGGAGAGAACAGGCAAACCAUUUAACCCACUCCUUGGAGAAACAUAUGAAUUAAUUAGGGAGGAUUUAGGUUUUAGGUUUAUUUCUGAACAGGUCAGUCAUCAUCCACCUGUCAGCGCAUUUUAUUCUGAAGGCUUAAACCAGGACUUCAUUUUUCACGGGUCAAUUUAUCCUAAAUUGAAGUUCUGGGGGAAGAGUGUAGAAGCAGAACCCCGGGGAACAAUAACAUUGGAACUGAUGAAACAUAACGAAGCUUACACUUGGACUAACCCUACCUGUUGUGUACAUAAUGUAAUUAUUGGAAAGCUCUGGAUAGAACAGUAUGGAACAGUAGAAAUUAUAAAUCACAGUACUGGAGAUAAAUGUAUUCUUAACUUUAAACCGUGUGGCCUGUUUGGUAAAGAGCUUCACAGAAUAGAGGGCUACAUUCAGGACAAAAAUAAGAAGAAACUCUCGGUGAUCUAUGGGAAAUGGACAGAAUGUUUGUGGUGCGUUGAUCCUUACGCUUACGAAAACUACAAGAAGAACGAGAGGAGAGGUGGUGAUCAGAAGAAACCAAAGCCGAGAGAUGAUCCUGAAAAUGAUGAAGCCGAUGAUAUGCCAGAGAUUCAAGAGACUGUGCAAGUUAUACCUGGCAGCAAGCUACUCUGGAGGAUAAACUCAAGGCCAUCAAAUUCAUCACAGAUGUACAACUUCUCCAGUUUUGCUGUCACUCUCAAUGAAUUGGAGAAGGGCAUGGAAGAAGGAUUGGCUCCUACUGACUGUCGGUUGAGACCAGACAUAAGGCAUAUGGAAAAUGGAGAGAUAGAUCUGGCUAGCAAAGAAAAAGAGAGGCUAGAAGAGAAGCAGAGAGCGGCUCGCAAGGAACGUGCGAAAGAUGAAACCGAGUGGAGGACAAGAUGGUUUUACCAUGGCACUAAUCCAUAUACUGGGACUGCUGACUGGUUAUACUCGGGAGGAUAUUUUGAUAGAAAUUUCUUUGACUGUCCGGAUAUAUAUUGAAACCUUGAACACAGAUGCUCUUUUGCCCAGAAUUGGUAGACUUAAAUGAGUCCAGCGGCUAUUGGGCUAUGUCAUGACAAGAAAAAAAAUUUUUUUUUUCCCUAAAGCAAUGAAAAUCAUCCAUCACUGAUCAAGGUUUUGUCAUGUACAUUUGCCAAAAUACUGAAGUGCUGUAACUCGUUUUCCUGAAGCUGCAACAUGAAAUUAUGUAAUGGGGAAAGAUGCUUGCAUGGUUUUGUUAGCUUCCUUCAAUUUUAUCAUUUCAUAUUUUAUUUUUUGGUCAGAAUUGACUUGCUAUAAUGGGUGGGGAAAUAGAUCCUUUCUUAAAAAGAGAAGCUAGGUACUUUUUUAAAAAAAUCAACAAUAAAAGAUACCUUUUAAGUAUUCAUAACUUGGAGGCCACAGGGACACGUUAGUAUAAUAGCUAUGCAGUUGGGCCUGUUGGAAAGGUUUCUAGUGAGAAUCAAGAGUGACUAAAAUCCGCAGGAGUCUUUGAAUGCUCUGACUUUUAAAAGCUUGACAACAUACAGUAGAGAUAGCCUAAAUUUUCAGGAGCAGUUUUUCCAUUUUGCCUCAGUCUUUGGGCACUGUGAUUUAUUGAUUAAAUGAAGUAUCUGUGAUUUUUUUUAAAAAAGGAAUUACUCUAUUGAAUGUUGGGCUGGUUGGUAAGUGUCAAAAACAACAAACUCUAGUGUGUCUGAAGUUUCAAAAUGUUUUGUCUUAAAACCCAGGUGGCUUUGGGGAUAUUUAUAGGAACUUGGAUGUCAUGUAAAUAUCAUGUAAGAAAUCAUACUUCUUGCUUUGUUCAGAAAUGUGUGUUUCCAGUUCUGCUUUGGGAGACUGAUUUCCCUUUAUUUAUCCAUCCUUCUUCCACUUUCAAUUUGUCUGCAAGGUACAUCUGCAAAAGUUCCUACUUAUUUUGGAUUUUUUUUUUCCUGAAGUACUUCCUUGCAUCACAACUGAUAACAGAUUCUUGAAAAGCAAUUUCUCAAUCUGGCAAAAGCUGAACGAUAUAAUGGACGCUUUUACUGGAUCUACACUUGGUAGAAUUUCCUCGAGAAUUGGUUUAGGCUUUGCAGUUUGAAACAUGUCAAAACCAUAUAACCCUUGAGCUGUUUGAAUUGGGAGGGAAAGAGGGUUUUUCUUUUCACUUAUUUCUAGCAAAUAUUGACAAUAUGUGUGGGUUUUAUAAACACGGUGAUAUUUGCUAGAUCAUUGAGUUAGUGAAACCUACCAAAUUGGAGAUAACCUGCCUUGCUGUUAAAUGGUAAAUCAGCGAGAGCUUAAAAACAAUGAAAUGAUUAAAGAUUUGAUUAUAGCCCCAUAAACAUUAUUUAUAUAAUGCCUAUGGUACAGGAAUAUUUGCAGCAUUUUUAAUUACAUUUCAUUAACAUUUCCAGCAAAAGAGUUACCAUGAAAAUACUUGAGGCAAUAAAGUACACUUUCAAGGGAAUUGCCUUGGACAAGCAGUUAAUAUGUUGUUAGCUCUUAAUUUUAUGCUGUUGGUUAUCCGAAUUUGCUAUGUAUUGCAGCUUCACAUUCAUUUAUUGCACAGGGCAUCAAAGUGCUUGGCUGGUCCCUGAGAUUACUUGCAUCAUACUAGUCUGGCUGUAUUUUCAAAUAUUGUCCUUUCUUUCUUAAUAUGUUUCCCAUGAAUCAGCAUGCAUUUUUAUUGUUAUGGAUUAAUUUACCUAAUCUGUAUCCCAGUCCAGAAAGUCUUGGGUCCUUCUAUUUUUUUGGUAGAAACAGUGAAUAUUGCUUCCAGCAGUUGAUUUUUGACAGAAUUGGCAAAAAAAAUAAUAAAAUUGGCUGCUUAUAUUGCUCUUGUUAAUCCUUUGAUCUCAGUGUCUGAACAGUAAGGUUAUACACAGACCAGCUGUUGGGGUACAGUAUUUCAAGGUCUAACCCCCAAAAGAUGUGAAAGUAGGGGGCGAUAGAAACUUACUUUUUCUCCCCGGAUAAAGUCAUUGUAUCCUUUUAUUAGUAAAAGGUUUUGGAACGGGUUGAGCCAAACGUAUCUUAAUUUGAACAUAUAGAUAAAUGCAGGUGUCUUGCAUUAAUAUUUUGAAGGAAUAACAUUAAUUUUGGAAACAGUUGGACCUUUUUAAAAAAAAAAAUUUUUUCCAAGGGAUAUUUCCAAAUUACAGUAUGCUGUUGGAGGAAAAUGCAAUCUUUGGUUAUUUUAAAUUGAAAUUAAAAUUGAUUUUAAAGAAAGUGAGUGUUUUUCAUCACAUCUUUUGUAUAAUCAGUCUCUACUGAAAAUACAUUUAAAUUAGGUCUUCGUGACUCAUCUUCUAUACCAGCUGAGGCAUAUACUAUACCAGUGUUUCUGAACCGUGGCAGCUUGAGUCCUGGGAGUUGAAGUCCACACAUCUUCAAGCUGCCACGGUUGAGAAACACUGUACUAUACUACAGGUUUAUGACUUGGUGACUGGCUGAGCCGUGCAUUUCAAAGAUGAUGUAAAAUAAGGCUGCAGAAAAUCUGUUGUCCAGUAGAAAUAGUGGGAAGCAUAACUCAGCUAAUUUGUUUCUCUGCAAAUGAUUAAUGGUAUUGGAAAAUAAUUCUUAAACUGCAAGUCCAUUCUCCCACAUAUGUAUAUUUCAUUUCUAACCUACUGUAGAGUACUAUUCUAAAUAUGAUGCUUCAAAAGAGAGUAGAAUUAAAAUGCACACUAAAGUUUGAUGACCUUAAAAGCUUUAAUAUUAUCUUUUUUUCCCUUAUGAAAAAGAUAGUCACUUAGUUUACAUUUUACCUGCACUUAUUAUAAGUACCACCUUCACAAACCUAAGCACUGCCUUACAUUUGACACUUACAUGGGAGAAAAAGCACUUUUAAAAUUAAUCAUGGUAGAUGUUAAGAUAGGUAUUAACUUAAACCAGAUAUUUUUUAAUGUGGAAAAAAUAGUUAUUUUCUUGGCUGCUUGCUUCCAUUGUGUUUUCCUUGGUACCUUGUUCUGAAUUAAGGCUCGUGUAUACCUUAGCGUGACUCCAGGGCUAUGGGUCAACACCCAAAGUUCUUAAUUUGCAGAUAGUGGUGUUCCCCUCACACUUCAGCAUUGGGAAGAAUUCCGUACACAUGUCCCUGGUGCUGUAUUGCAACACCGGAGUAAAUAAAGCUCUGUGGAUUAAUUGCUUUGUCUUGCUGUGACAAUAGGCCAUUAGGUUGACUUCACAAUAGAUACGGUCUGAUCAUUAAGUAGUAGCAAGAAAUAACCAUGAAGACUAGCACUAGGCCAUUUCUAGAAUAGCAUGACGGCAGCAGGCUAUGAAACAAACAUGCAAUUUCCUAUUCCGAAAUAAAUCCUGCAGGAAUGUAACACGUCCACAAACCUUUGCUAGUCUUCACUCUCUUCCCCAAUGCAACGUGCAGGUGAGCAGGUAGCAUUAUUUUUAGAUCAGUUCAACAAGAUGCUAGAUUUAUGUAACACUACUAAUUCAUUAAAUUCUCUGACAAGUGGAUAUUAACUGGAAAGUAUAGCUUUAAAAAAACUAGAAAAAAAUAUAAGUUCCUGCUAAGUAAUGACUUGGUUUACAUUAUUAGUCUUUAAAUGUAAAGAGAAAAGUGUGAAAAUUGCACCUUUUUGAUGGAUUGAGUUUGAUAAACAUAAUUAAGUUUAUUACUACUGCACCUUCCAUACAGUUUGGGGUGGAUUAAUAUGUGGGCCUUUUCUCUUAGGCAUCUUUGAAAAUCCUUGGUCGUCAACGUAGGAUAUUAGACUAAAACCUACUUCAUAAAUAUAAGUUCUAAAUCAUAUGAUAGAUUAUUUUUAGUAAGUUAAUGCACAAAUAUGUGAAUCAGGACCAUCUAUAAUUAGUUUCUUAAAGUUUUUCUUUGAUUCUCAAAGUUCUUACCCAAAACUAGAGACUUCGGAUUACUAACUGUUGACACUCAGGUAGCCUGUAAUCCUGAAAAAGAAAUUGCUGUAAUAAUCCAAACAGUUCAGGUACCUGUGUGUUUAUUUUUAUAAUAUUUAACGACUGUCAAUACCCAUGUGGCUCUUCAGUCUUUCUAUGUUUGUUGUAUUCUGUGUAUUCUGUAUUCUAUUUUAAUGUUGCAAAUGUAGAUGUCAUGUUUUAAUUCUUCAUUUGAUAAUCUACUGUAAUGUUGCCUCUUAAAAUUCUUCAGUGGUUUGGGUUUAAUUGUAAAAUAAAGCAAUAUUUAAAUACCUAUAAAGCAAAUGGUUCUAAUGAAGAUGAUUUUUUGUAUGAUUUUUAGAGCAUGUGGG